CAGCAUUACUUCUACAACCUGGUGGACCCUGCUCAGAUACACCUAUACGGCCGACCGCCUAACGCGACCAACGAUGCCUUGUGGCAGAAGGCCGUCAACGAGAAUCCCGAUCCUACAUGUCACGUCCCUGUCAUCGCCACCGGAUUUGAGGACCUGCAAAAACGAGUCGAGGCUCAGACACAACAAGCCGCAGAGCAGCAGCAGAAGAUCAAGGAUCUACAAACGCGGAUAUCCGCCCUCGUGCAGCGGCACCAACUGUCAAACGCGUCCCGCUUACAGCGCGCGGCGGCCCUCCAGACUCAGCUGACGCACCGCGUGCUGAAGCUUGUGCAACACCUGCACCUCCUCAUUCCCGCGCUGCGGUCGUCGGCUCUCCGCCCCGAGGAGGAGGCGCUGCGGACCGCGCUGGAGGAGAUCGAUGAGGAGGUGCGCCGUCCCGGGGGCACGGGCAGGAUACGGGGCAAACUGAAUGAGCUGUGGGCGCUGGUCGGCGCGGUGACGGCGGCGCGCGAGCGGGACCGGAGGCCGGGCGGCGUGGAGUGGACGGUCGUGGACGAGGAUGGACUGGCUCAGAUCGCUCAGAUCCUCGCGGAAGAACAGGCCGGCCUCGCCCAUUUGACGAAGUUGCUGCAGAAAGACCUGAAAGAUCUCGCCGUGGUACUGGGCAAGGACCCGAAGGAGUAUGACUCUGACAUGAUGUCCUCGACUGCGACGUUCCGCGGAAGCACGCUCUGA